CAAGCAGCUCUACGAGGUUCCCGGCGGUGACCAGGUUGGGCAGAGUUUACCUCCUGCUCGGCCAGGCCUCACCGCUGGGGUCCCCCUCGUCUCGAGCUGCAUUGUGCAGUAAGGAGUCUUUGGUUCCUCAUACUGUACACGGUGCUCUCACUAUGAGGGGCGACGGCGGCGCCGCGUUGGCUGCAUCUCUUGUGGAGGCAGCGGUCCGCGCUGCUGUUCAGGCAGGUGCCCCGCGCAGGACUGUCGCAGCCGCCGCGGCUGCCGUGGCCUCGGUCAUGGCGGCGACGCGGUGUGGCGUUGGUCCGGCGCAGGGCGCCCCUGAUCCCGCUGCCGCCGGUUCGGCCGGAUCCCGGCGGCAGCGGAGGAGGCUGAAGAAGAAAACUAUGAUGUGCAGGUCGGGGCAGGAUGCUGUCCUUGGGGGGCCUGUCGGGCAGACCCUAAAGGCUUAUCAGGAUGUUGAUCAUGAGAUAUCUUGUUAUCACAGUUCCAGUGUUGAUCAUGGCGCCUCUGAUUUUCAUGUUGGGAGCUCUUCAUCUAGGCGAGUCCAGUUUGAUGAUCGGCCUUCAUUGGUUUCUUAUGAGAUGCCCCUUCAAGCGAGGCUGCGUCCCAUAUCGAGGAAGCCGAAGAAGAAAACUAUGAGUUGCAGGUCGGGGCAUGAUGAUGUCCUUGGGGAGCCUGUUGGGCAGACCCUAAAGACUCAGCGUGUUGAUCAUGAGGUAGCGCACGUGGGUUCGCACGUUCCUGUUCCUGCUCAGACGGCAGCUGAUGUGAAGAUGUCGGAGUUGGAGAAGGAUAACGAUGAUAACAUGUCUGUUGUUUUUGCUCCUGUUAAGUCGGCAGCUGAUGUUAAGAUGUCGGAGGUGGAGAAGGAGAACGAGGAUGUGGAGAUUCGUGGAAGAUCGGAAGUGGUUUCUGUUUCUGUUGAUCCAGGUGUUCUGAAAGAGGAGUUGCAUGAUGAGGAGUUGCAGGGUGAGGAGUUGCAGAAUGAGGAGUUGCGGAAUGAGCAGUUGCAUUGUUCUCAUUAUAAAGAUUCUAUGACUUCACACCCUGGGGGUUCAACGACUGGGAGUUUAUCUAAUGCAGUUGUGAGUUCAGCAGUGACGGAGGACGAGUGUCAAGCUGCCAGGGACUGGGCCCCUGCCGGUGUCGAUGUCAGUGCUCUUUGGCGUGAGCUACACCGACUCCCGAGACAGGAGUUUCAGCGUAGGACUGAGGCUCUUCAUGCAUACAGGCUGCAAUUGGGAAUUGAAAGUUCCGAGGAGGAUGAUUCGCAACAAGGGGGUCCUCAGAGUUCUACUUCCAGGAGUGCAUUGACGCGGAGCGGCAAGAAGCAUCGGAAACGGCACAGAUGAUGCACAUGUGAUUGAUCCUGCACGCUUGGUUUGUCAUUGCGUUGCCUUUCUUCAUGCGUGUGUGUUGUCGUGCAUGCGCGUGUGUUGAAUAAGAGCUUCGCUUGAUCCCUCAAAGUGGGUCAUUCGUUGCUUCCUUGAUUUGAGUGCUCAUUGACCUUUGAACGUGACUUUCCGUUAUUUGUCACGUGGUGCCUCAAAGUAGGCCUUUGAUCUUAUCUGCAUUCUGACCUUUAAUCUCUUGUGCAUUCUCAGUGGUGUUGAGACGGUAUUCGCUGUAUAAACCAGUGGUUACUGUAUGGUCUCUCACUGCUUCUCGUGUGGUCGCUGUGUAAACCAGUGGUUACUGCGUUUCACUGUUUUAGUGUUAUAUUCUUGUGUAUGGGCAGUCUUGUGCAUAUCUGUACAGCCUCGCUGUUUGAUGCACCUCUGCUUUAAUCUUUGCAGCUUCGCUGUCUUCCUGUACAGCUUCGCUGUUUAGGUUCUUUGUGUUUAGGCCUGCUCCCAUGGGAGCUCGAACCGGCCUUCGCAAAAGACGCAAAAGACCAGGUUGAUGGUUCGUCGCCAGCGCCCUAUGAGCUCCGCAGGCGCACUUGUACUAUCAAAACACUUGCAGGAACCAACUUAAUGUCGACAUGAAAAAUGCAAAAAUUGAAGAUUUUACGAAAAUCUUCUGCGAAGUUCUCUGCUUCGAUUCUGAGCGACCUGGCCCGUUGGGGGCCUCCUCGAGCCGCAUUGUGCGGACAGGUUUUUGUGCAUACGCAUGUAUCGUACUCAACUGUCCAUCUUGUUAUUGCUUGUGAUUUGCCUUCUUCUUGUUGAGCGAGUCCACGUUUUAUAUAUGGAGUUUAUGUCAUCUGAAUUGUCAGGCGCGGAUUUUGUUGCUUCAGAUUUGACAGAUACGGCGCUGUUUACUUCCGGGUUUCUCGCUUGUUUGUCUGCUGUUUGUCUACGGUCGAAGUGUGUGUUAGUGAUCUAUAUUUCCGUGUUCGCCCUUCGUACGGAGGUGAGUCUUGCCUGCAUGAGCGAGACCAGCUGUAUGGGCAUGGUGUCAAAGUUUCUCAAUCGAAGUUGCGCCGCCUGAGGGCGAAACGUACCAGAUAUCGUUUGUGGUCCACGGCUUGGGGGCCAGAUUCGUCGUGCCUUGUUCGCGCGGGCAUUUGCGCGCCCAGAUAUUAUCGGAAUUUUUGUUCGGACGAUUCUGAGGAAGAGGAAUGGGUUGAGGACACUUGUGGAACACUGACUGAUAUGGAUGCUGUUGAAUUGGCUGGCAACUCUUUGUGUUCGCAGUGUUCCGAUUGUGGGACUCAGACAGAUCCCUGUGUUCACAUUGAGUGUGGGAUUCAGACUGAUUUUUGUGUUCUUUGUUGGUGAGGAGGAGAAGGAGGAGUGUCAUCGAGUGCACGUUGAUCGGGGUGAUGCUUCUCUCAGAAUGAAGAGAUAUUGUUUCAAACGAGCGGAGGCUAUCGAGAGUGCAAAGUUGCACACUUCAGAAUUGCAUGCGACCAACGGGAGUGCGGUGGAGAGUACCGCAGUUUUGAAUACAGUUGAUGCAGUCGGGAGUUCCAGUGCAGUCGGGAGUUCAACACUUGGGAGUGCAGUAGGAAGUUCCACAGUUCGGAGUUCCGCUGAUGCAGUUGAGGAUGCAGUUGGGAGUUCAACAGCUGGGAGUUCUGCAGUUGGGAGUUCAGCUGAUGCAGUAGGGAGUUCCAUGAAUGGGAGUUCUGCAGAUCGACCGAGUGAGACACGCUCUGAGUGCCAAGCUGCCAGGGACUGGGCCCUUGCCGGUGUCGAUGUAAGGGCUCUUUGGCUUGAGCUACACCGACUCCCGACACAGGAGUUUCAGCGUAGGACUGAGGCUCUUAAUGCAUACAGGCUGCAAUUGGGAAUUGAAAGUUCCGAGGAGGAUGAUUCGCAACAAGGGGGUCCUCAGAGUUCUACUUCCAGGAGUGCAUUGACGCGGAGCGGCAAGAAGCAUCGGAAACGGCACAGAUGAUGCACAUGUGAUUGAUCCUGCACGCUUGAUUUGCCAUUGCGUUGCCUUUCUUCAUGCCUGUGUGUGUUGUCGUGCAUGCGCGUGUGUUGAAUAUGAGCUUCGCCUGAUUUUCAAUUUGUUCGGCUAAGAGCCCGCAUUCGCUCGAAGUAGUGGUGGGUGUCUUGGCUCACUCCGUAUGUUGCCUGUUCAUAAUUCACUUUGUCUGUUUGUGCGUGUUCAUAAUUCAGUUCGCAUUUCUUAUCUGCAUUCUGACCUUUAAUCUCUUGUGCAUUCUCAGUGGUGUUGAGACGGUCAUCGCUGUAUAAACCAGUGGUUACUGUAUGGUCCCUCACUGCUUCUCGUGUGGUCGCUGUAUAAUCCAGUGGUUACUGCGUCUCACUGUUUUGGUGUUAUAUUCUCGUGUAUGGGCAGUCUUGUCAUACCUGUACAGCCUCGCUGUUUGAUGCACCUCUGCUUUAAUCUUUGCAGCUUCGCUGUCUUCCUGUACAGCUUCGCUGUUUAGGUUCUUUGUGUUUAGGCCUGCUCCCAUGGGAGCUCGAACCGGCCUUCGCAAAUGACGCAAAAAGACCAGGAUGACGGUUCACCGCCGGCGCCAGUUUCGUAAUUCCAGAGCUCUACGAGGGUCCCAGCUUGUGUGUGGUCCAAUGGAUAAGAAGGCACUGGAGGUGCACGAACAUGGGC